UAAAGCGCAAGGCAUAAGACAGAGAGACAAAAAGGAAAAACCUAGUUACAGAAUACAGAGGGAAACAAUGACGAAGAUCUCCGAUCUUCCGGUAAAUUUAGUAGAGGAGAUUCUCUCAAAGGUUCCCAUGAAAUAUAUGAGAGCAGUGAGAUUAACUUGCAAAGAGUGGGACACUUUAUCCAAGAGUCGAAGCUUUUCAAAGAUGCACAUUGAUAAAAUAAACGCAGGUCAUGAUGAUCAGUCUAUGAUGGUCGCUGCCUUGAUGGGUUACAGCCUAUAUCUCAUGAAGGUCUUUCCCGUCGUUGAUGAAGAUCCAUUAAUAGAAUAUGAAGGUAAACUUAACAAAGAAAUCAGGAUAUCUCAAGUUUUCCACUGUGACGGUUUGUUGUUAUGCGUCUUGGAAGAUGAUUAUGCCAAAGUUAUCGUUUGGAAUCCUUAUUGGGGUCAAACAAGGUCGAUAGAAUGUAGAUGUUCUUCGCCCCCAGACGGAAGGAUCAGGUUCAGUUAUGCUCUAGGAUACGAGGAAAAAGGCUCAUCUUGUCGUGCCUACAAGUUCUUGAGGUUUAUAGAUCAGUACGUUGGCGAUGCGGUCGGAGACAAGUUUAUAUGGUACGAGGUUUACGAUUUCGAGUCUAGUUCAUGGAAGACUCUUGAUGUUACUCCACACUGGUUUAUACUAUCUCAUCAGCAUGGCGUGUCUCUCAUGGGAAACACUUACUGGCUUGCUUUACCAAGGAACAUAGAUCACGAAGACGCGCUUGAUCGCAACCGCAUAAUCUGUUUCGAUUUUACAAGCGAGAGUUUUGGUCCUCUUCUGCGUCUGCCGUUUGACGCUCGUGAUGAUGACAUUGUGACUUUAUCGUGUGUUAGGGAUGAGAAGCUUGCGGUUUUAUUCGCUCAUGAUGACGGAUUAGCAAUUCCAUUGGAGUUUGAGAUAUGGAUUACUACUAAGAAUGAGACCGAAGAGGUGUCGUGGAGCAAGUUUUUGAGUGUGGUGGACGCGCUUCUGAUUCCAUAUGAUUUUUUCUUCAUUGACGAGGAGAAGAAAGUAGCCAUGGGUUUUGAAUUAGAAGUAGAAGAAGACUCCACAACAUUUAGCAUCGUUGGAGAGGCUGGAUACUUGAAGAAGCUGGAGCUCGGAAAACGUUUAGGCACAGACAGGUCAACUGCGUGCUCUUAUGUCGCAAGCCUAGUUAACAUCAAGCAACCUGAUGCAGGAUGUAAAAGGAAACAAGAAAGCGAGUUAGAAAAGCAACGAUACGAUCAAAACAUGGCGAGACUUGUUGCAAUUGAAAAACGUACCAGGGUUUGGUAACCUCCAGGAGGAAGGCCAAAGGAGAUUUUCACUUUUUAUAUGUUUUGUUAUUCUUAUUUGAGACCAUAUACUUAACUUAU